ACACGAGGUCGACCAGUUGUCACUUCGUACCGUUAAAGUAUUUCAAAAGGACUAUAUUAAUAACCCAACGUUUUCCAAAUUCUAUUGUGCAUUUGUAAAUUAUCUUUAGCUGGUUAAUAAAUUCUCUGAGUCACCCGGAGUGCCACAACCCGCCAUAAACUGGAGAGUAAAGUGACUAAUAUUGGUGUCAAGCAACAGUUUAAACUUCCGUCAGUCAGUUUAUGAUUCAUCCCAGGAGAAAAUAAUAACAAGUGUACAUAGGGCGUUAUAUGUGGUCUUAUUCACCAUGUCUAAAGAAUACGACCACCUCUUCAAAUUAUUGAUAAUAGGAGAUUCAGGUGUUGGGAAGAGUUCUCUACUUCUAAGGUUUGCAGACAACACAUUCACAGGCAACUACAUCACCACAAUUGGAGUAGAUUUUAAGAUACGCACUUUAGAAGUAGAUGGGGAGAGAGUCAAGCUACAGAUCUGGGACACUGCAGGGCAGGAGCGCUUCAGAACCAUCACAUCCACGUAUUACCGAGGGACUCACGGAGUAAUAGUAGUGUACGAUGUAACCAAUGGGGAGAGCUUUGCCAAUGUAAAGCGCUGGCUCCACGAAAUUGAACAAAAUUGUGAAGUAGUCAACAGAAUAUUAGUGGGGAACAAAAAUGAUUGCCCAGAUAGGAAGGUUGUACUCUAUGAAGAUGCCAAACGCUUCGCUGAUCAAAUGAAUAUCAAUCUCUUCGAAACUAGCGCGAAGGACAAUAUCAAUGUUGAAGAGAUGUUUACAGUGAUGACUAAGAUGGUAUUACAAACUAAGAAGGAACAGAAGGAUCGGCAGACCAACACCAGUGAUCCAGUGCGUCUCCAUAAUCCUAAAAAAGGGAAAGGGAAACAGAAAUGCUGCUAGCAAACAUAAGGUGGUCUUCUGCUGCAGAACCAAGGGUGAGAAGGCUUGAGUCACUACACCCACAAGAGUGUGUCUUGAAUUAUAUUAGCUUCUUUCAAUUAUAAUAAAUGUAUGAGAGGAGAGAUUUUUUGAUAGAUAUUAGUGAACUACCAUGUGUAUGUGCUUGCAUGUAUGUAUGGUGUCAGAGAAAUAUAUGAAAGAUGUAGAGUAAUUUUUUUCCAAAUUUAUUUUAUGUUAAAGGUAUACUGUAAAAAUGCAGAAAUCUGUUUAUUAUUUUAUUAAAUGGCCUCUUUUUGCUCUGUCAAUGAGAGGGAGGUAUGGUGUCAUACUGGCCCAGUAUUCUGUUGUAAAUUUGUGAUAUAUUAGUAUGGGUCUUUUGCUAAGUGUAUCUCUUGCUUUGAAACAUGCAGAUUUAUCUUGGGGGGUAUAUUAGCUGUGUAUGUAUGUAUGUGUUAAAUUUUAUUUUUAUCUUUAUUUUUUUCAGGGGGAGGGGGAGAGAAAGGGAAGAACAUUUGCUUUAGAUGAAGAACAUGUUGAAACAAAGACAUUCAGCUUUAUCUUAUACAGUAUAUUUUCCAUUUUUGCCUUGGCUUGAAAAUAUGAAUGACAAGAUACUGAUGACAUUGUACAAACCCUCUGUAUUUUUGUGAGUGUAAAUGAAGUUUGGCUCUAGAAGGUCAGUUGAGAGACUGGUGUUAUGCGUCUCAGUUUUAAGAUACAAAUAUUUAAAUUUGACUCUCUUUGUUAUUGACGUUGAAGAAACUGACAAUAGUAAUAUAAUAUGAAAUGUGUGAGCUAUUUUAAUGGGAAUAUAUUAUUUUCCUAACCGUUGGGAUGGAGGAGCACUCUGCAUGGUUUAUAAUGAAGUUCAAUACUCUGCCUGUAAGGUAAACUUUGUACAGCAGGGGCGAUAAAUGUCGUAUUUUGAUAGCAAAUGAUUGCCUAUGCACACAACAUUCAUUGUAUUUGUGAUGGCUAUGAAUGAUAUCUCAUGUAGUAUAAUUGUGUCUGCUGUGUUCUGUACAGUACAGUAGAAACCAUUUUAGGUUGUUCCUUAAAUGUUUUGUAUUUAAAGAUUCUUGCACAAUAUUCCAUAUUUCAAUAUGCACAAGCCAUUUUCACAUCUCUUUAAAGACAUGUACUUUUUUUUUCUGGGUUGUCUUAACCUUGUGGAUUGGUCUAGAUCUCAGUGACAAAUCAGCGGAUCUGCCAUACCACAUUUUAUAUGCUUUCUUGAGCUCAUACCUUACCAGUAAGAAUUUGGACCUCAUAGGUCCUAUCUCUUUUUUUCAGUAUCUAUUGCCCUUACUUCCAUUUUUUUAUCAGAAAGUUAUCAAAUCUGUUUCCAAUCACUGAUGCCCAUGUCAGCUAACAUCAGCUGCCUUUGUUGUAUAUGUGAGAUCAUCCAGUGUCCUAUCUGUGACAUCCAUACUCAUGCUAGCUUCUUGUGUCAACACUACUUGUUUGUCACAUCCUGUAUCACAUCUUAAAUCAUCAGAAGUUUGUUUGCUAUCCCCCAAUCACCUCAUUGAUAUCACCCUUAAUGUGUUAAACAUAUUCUUCAUCUCUUGACAUCAUUACUGUAUGUGUGUUUACUGUCCUUGUCAUAUCUUGAUACAAAUGCUACCUACCUGUAUCACAUUUUAUAACAUUGUGAAUGUCAGGUGUCCAUGUCAUAGCUUUGACAUUACACUUGCUUACCUGUUCUCUAAUGUCCUCAGCUUUACCAUACUUCACCCUCUUCCUGGAUCUGCCUUUCCUCAUAUUACUGUACUGCAUCAGCCAUUUACCCAUGCCUGCACAAUUAAUACAUUUUGAAAGGGCUGUAUUAGUAGAGUAGUGGAAACAGCCUAUAUUGCAUUGUUGUUAUAAUUUUAAACUGUGACGCUUAGAUAAACUAGGUAUUAAAAAAGACGUCUAGAUCUCUAUUGUGUAACAGUCAAUCGAGAGCUGUUGUUGGUCAGUUGUUAACUCGAGAGAACUGACUGUUACUGGCUCAAUACUCAGCUGUCAGGUUACUAGAGGACCCAUGAACUGUACAGCGAGAAUGUCAUUUAUGAUGACAGUUAAGGGUGUGAAGUUAAUGAGUUAUAGCUUUCAACACCUCAUUCCAAAAAAACACCGAAGAAACUUAGUGACAUUUCUUUAUUUGAAUAUAUUGUGAUUGUGCUAGAUACAAAUGGAUUCAAGUUGACCCCAUUUCUGCUGCCACAUAUUUGUUUGAUUUUUAACUUUCCUUGAAUUUCACUACAUAGGAAAAUGCUUUGCACUACAGAAGCAUAUUUAGCUCUUUGGAAUAUUUUGAGAAAUUUUGUUUAUCUCGUUUGUGUUACAAAUCUGUUGGCCUUAGUCACCUGAGCAGUCCUCAGAAGUUUGUACUGUAUCCAAUUGAUUAUUUUCUUGGCCACGUGAGACUGUAGUGUCAGUGGUCUGCCAUAAAUUCUCAGAUUGCAGAGUCUUUUUGAGAUAAUGCAGAUGUUUUCCAUUUUUCCAAUUAUUUUAAUGCUUCCCCUCACUUUACUUUAUUCUAUUUUUUUUACUUCCUCUUUGUACUGCCUCCCUUGUGUUAAAAGUUUUAGGUGCCCUUUCAUUUUCUUCACAGUUAUUACACAUUUUUUUGGCAUUGUUGAUGGGUUUAUAACACUCCAAGUCAUCAUCAUCAAAAAUGGUACGAAAAGU